AUGUAUGUUAACAAACAUAUCCAUUUCAAUAAUCGCACAUCAAACCGUGCAGAUAGUGCCUGUGCUUCUCUCAAGCAUUCUCUUGGUACUUCCUCGGGUAAACUGAAGACAGUUACUCUUAAAGUAAAAAAGUGGUAUGACGAGCUGGUUGCAAAUCACAAGCAUCGGCUAAUGAUGGAAAGCCUUGGAGAAGGAACAAAAGUUGUGUUCAAUAAAGUCAAUGCUGCCAGACUAAAUGACAUUCGUCUUAAAGUCUGUAGAUUUGCAAUGGAUUAG